AUGUCGUCUGAGGCCAAGAAAGACUCAAUCCGUGAGGAAGUCUAUACAACUGAUGACUCCGAAACUGCGUACCAAAUACCUGACGGUGGAGUCAAGGCUUGUCUAUCCCUAGUUGGCCAGUGGCUCGUCCUGUUCGCCACCUUCGGCUACCUCUACUCAUUCGGAGUAUACGAAGAUUAUUAUACUCGGAUCUAUCUAACUAACCACGACCCGAGUGACAUUAGUUGGAUUGGCAGUUUUCAGUUCAUGAUGCCCUUCCUGGUUGGUCUUUUGUCUGGGAAGCUCUUCGAUGUUGGGUAUUUCUAUGUUCUGGAGAUAUUGGGUUCCAUCAUAUUUGUAUUCUCGCUGUUCAUGCUCUCUUUGGCGAAACCAAACCAGUACUAUCAGGUUUUCCUGAGCCAAGCAGUAGGGAUGGGGAUAGGGCUUGGCUUGACGUUCAUUCCGACGGUUGGUCUAACUGCACAUCAUUGGAGACGAUGGCGUGGACUAGCUGCAGGUAUAGCGUUGUCCGGAAGCUCUUGUGGGGCUAUAGCUAUACCAAUCAUGCUGAAGUCGGUCGUCGUCUGGACCUCCUCCGAACGUGAAAGCCUGGUUUAUGGAAGGGCCGUACCUGAAUGCCAUGAUAGCGUAAGGUUUACUUUCCUGCGAGUGUUUGUGAUACCUACGAUUCUUUAUACAUCAAGCGGUCUCUUCGCUAGCUUCGGAUUCUACUUUCCUGUGAUAUACUUACAAUUAUACGCUGUGCAGCACAGCGUCGAUCUUACUCUCGCAUUCUACUCACUAGCAAUCGUGAAUGGAUGCGGUGCGAUAGGGCGAGUAGUAGGAAACUUCUUGUCUGACUUGUAUGGGCCCUUCAAUCUUUUGGUGAUUACAUCGUUGAGUGCAGCUGCUACCAUAUGGGCGAUUCUUGGAGUAAACGAUCGAGCGUCUCUGAUAGUUGUCAGCAUCCUGUAUGGUAUAUUUUCUGGAGCCUGGCUUUCUCUAGUCGUGGCCUCUCUCGCGUUUCUUUCGAAGACACCUAAGGAAGUGGGAGCUCGAACAGGUAUUGGAAUCGCAUUCAGCAGCUUUGGUACCCUUGGUGCCGCUCCCGCUCAAGGCGCUCUUCUCACGUCACAGUUCUUCUGGAUUAGGCCUAUCGCCUUUUCUGGGACUGUUAUGAUAGCAGCGGCAGGGGUUUUCUUCGUCUCAAGGACGCUGCUCGUAAAGGAGAGAGGUACUCAGAAGGUCUAG